GUUUGGGCUGGUGUGCUGUAUGCUUGUUGCCGCUGCCAGAGGUUGUCAGUUUCCUGCGGAGUGACACAGAGCUGGGGUUUGACAGAAACCGACGGUUAUACAUCUGACGAGUUUGCUGGAGCAGCUGGCUGAGCUGAGCAGGAAUAUCUUCAAUUCCAUGGAGUACCUUGUCAGUGGUAUUUGUGUGGCAGAGAAUGACCAUCACAUGUCCAUAGCAGCCCAGUGUGAUGAGGAGUGGGAUGCAAAACCCAGUGAGUGUCCAUCCAAAGCUGUAUUUCAGUACCUUGUCAGUGGUAUUUGUGUGGCAGAGAACGACAAUCACAUGUCCAUAACAGCCCAGUGUGAUGAGGAGUGGGAUGCAAAACCCAGUGAGUGUCCAUCCAAAGCUGAAUGUCAGUUGGGUGUGGUCACUGAGUCUGCACUUGCUGCACCACGAUCCUACUCAGUGUAACCAUUCACAUCAUGAGUGAUGAUCGAAAUAAUUAUUUAGUGUACCUUGUCAGUGGUAUUUGUGCGGCAGAGAACGACAAUCACAUGUCCAUAGCAGCCCAGUGUGAUGAGGAGUGGGAUGCAAAACCCAGUGAGUGUCCAUCCAAAGCUGUAUUUCAGUACCUUGUCAGUGGAAUUUGUGCGGCAGAGAACGACAAUCACAUGUCCAUAGCAGCCCAGUGUGAUGAGGAGUGGGAUGCAAAACCCAGUGAGUGUCCGUCCAAAGCUGUAUUUCAGUACCUUGUCAGUGGAAUUUGUGCGGCAGAGAACGACAAUCACAUGUCCAUAGCAGCCCAGUGUGAUGAGGAGUGGGAUGCAAAACCCAGUGAGUGUCCAUCCAAAGCUGUAUUUCAGUACCUUGUCAAUGGUACUUGUGCGGCAGAGAAUGACGAUCACAUGUCCAUAACAGCCCAGUGUGAUGAGGAGUGGGAUGCAAAACCCAGUGAUUGCCCGUCCAACGCUGAAUUUCAGAUGUCAGGAUGUCUCACAAAUGUCAUCUGGUCUGACUGGAAAAGCCUCCAGCGGCCAAAUGGUCCAUUGGUUAGGGGAUGCUUGGUGAUGCAUAAGGUUUCUCUCACUGUCCGGCCCACGAAUCAGUCGGGGAAAUCUUCACUAUUAUGAAUGAAUCCGUGCUCAUCAGGGCCUGUAUCCCCACAGAGCAGGGUUACUGUAAGGUGAGUAUGGGCAGUUGUUAUGACAAACACAUGAGUGAAUCAUCAUCACAGCUCGCUGUAGCAGUCUACCGGUGGGGCAUCGGAAGGUCACCUCAGCAGUGGUGGUUUGAUAAGGCGUGCAGCAGCGAGAGUCAGUGCACUGUCCGCAGUACUGGAGCUGAUAGGCACGAGUGCUGUAGCAGCCCUGGUGAAUGAGCCGAAUGGGACCUGGUGAUGUGUAGCUGGCCUUGCACCACCUCUGCCUUCCCCUCUGGGAAAAAGCAUGCAAAAACAAACACAUGCAGAGGCAAGUCAGAAAAAAAUCCCAGUAAGCACUGCGAUGAUUUGGGGGAUUUGCAGGUCAAAAGAUUCCAAC